CAGCUGUUGGAUGUGCUUACUUGCUUACUGAAAACUAAGUCUUAAGCCAAUGCAAUAGCUGAUAGUCAAUUAAGUGGGAGGAAUGGAGUUCCCAAUCAUAUCAGCUAUACAGCGAUUACAAGUUUAUGAAACAAAAGCGCGAUACUACAUAAUUGGUUCCAAUGCCACAGAAACAGCCUUCAGGGUGUUAAAAGUUGAUCGUCAGGAGCCAAAGGAACUUGUAAUCCAUGAUGAUAAACAUGUUUACAACAAAGUGGACGUGCGUAAACUACUGGAAAUGAUUGCCUCUGGAAACACAAAAGUCACAUCAAAACAGAAACAGAUUGAUAAUAGCCUACUGAAAUGUGUUGCAGCUUAUGGCAUUGUUGGAUUUGUGCGUUUCCUGGAGGGUUACUACAUGGUCCUGAUUACGAAGCGUAGCGCUGCUGCUGUGAUAGGGGGCCAUGUGAUAUACAAGAUUGAAGACACCGUGAUGCUGUAUAUCCCAACCAUCCCCAGCGAUAAAUAUUUGCACCCUGAUGAGCCAAAGUAUGUGAAAAUGUUCCAGAGUGUAGAUCUGUCCAGUGACUUCUACUUCAGCUAUAGUUACGACCUGACCCACACACUUCAGUACAACAUGGCCCAGGCUGUUGAUCCCAAGUUUGGCCCUCCAACUCAGGCAGAUAAGGAUGAGCAGAAUGUGUACGGAGUAAAGGUAAAGCCGGAGACCCUGUAUGUAUGGAAUCACUUCCUAACGCAGCCGUUCAAGGCCGACCCAAACUCUGACUGGGUCCUGCCCAUAAUACAUGGAUUCAUUGCUCAAGCCAAUCUGUAUAUCUAUGGGAAGUCUGUUUACAUCACCCUAUUAGCUCGCAGGUCCAACAAGUUUGCCGGGCCCAGGUUCAUGAAGAGAGGGGCAAAUAGUCAGGGUGCAGUAGCUAACGAGGUAGAGACUGAACAGAUAGUUCAGGACAUGUCUGUGACCCAGCUCCACCAUGGACGUGUGUCCUCUUAUGUCCAGAUGCGGGGAUCCAUCCCUCUCUACUGGUCCCAGGACAUCUCUAAGAUGGUCCCAAAACCUGCCAUCACAAUUGACAAGAGGGACCCCUACUUCCACACUGCAGGCCUGCACUUUAACCGAUGCCUGUACAGAUAUGGAUCACCAGUCAUCCUGCUCAACCUCGUUAAGCGUCGUGAGAAGCGUCGUCACGAGAGCCUACUAGCCGAUGAGUACAAGGACUGUAAGACAUACCUGAACCAGUUCUUGCCCCCAGACCGGCAGAUGAUCUACAUUGGCUUUGAUAUGGCACACUAUACAAAGAAGCAGAGCAACGAUGUGUUUGACCGUCUGGCUGGUAUCUCGAGGUUCUGUGUAAAGCAGACUGGUUUCUUCCUCCAUCUUCCACAGAUGAGGGAGGGAUUCUGGAGCCAAGAAGAAUAUGAGGGAGUGAAGGGCUUUAAGACAUCUACAGGUUGUAAGCAGACUGGGGCAGUACGCACCAACUGUGUUGACUGUAUAGACCGCACAAACACCGCGCAAUUUGCUGUGGGAAAAUGUGCCCUUGCCUACCAGCUGUGUGCCCUGGGUGUAUUACCUGUACCGGACCUGGACUUUGAUACAGACUGUGUUACUAUGCUUGAGGAGCUGUACGAGGAUCAGGGGAACACAAUCGCCCUGCAGUACGGGGGCUCGAACCUCGUACACCGCAUUGAGGGGUACCGAAAGAUAGCCCCCUGGAAGGCCCACUCUGUAGACAUAUUCAACACGCUCUCCAGAUAUUACAGCAAUGCAUUUUCAGACAUGGAGAAGCAGCAGGCAAUGAACGUGUUCCUUGGUGUGUUCCUUCCUAGGGAGAAUGAGCCCUGCAUCUGGGACCUUCCAACAGACUUCUACCUACAUAACCCCGACGUACAAGGCUCUACCCUCAACAGGAAAAGAUACACAAUGUGGUGUGAUCAACCAAUAUUUGAUCAUCUUCCUCUGCCAUAUGAUGAAGCAUGUAAGACACGCAACUGCCUGGUUCAGGUGAUGUCCAAGGACGAUGAAGCAGUCAACAUGUUCUUUGAGAACUACAAGCCAUAUCGUCUCACAGAGCUCAAAGCAUUCAACAAGGACAUGGAGAAAUGUAUCAGGCACUAUAAGCCACGGAUAUACAGGACCCCCACUCCCAGUCCCUUUGAACGGAGAGUGAGCAUGGAUGGUCGUGAUUCCAGGCAACGGGAUUUCUGUUUAGUUUCAUGGCUGGCCGCAUUCUCGCGCAGACGGAGUAACCUACAAUUUCAAUCAUUGAGCCAGGAGCUGAGUCGCACGAUUAGUGUUAAGGACUCAACAGCAUCCACUUCCUCCUCCACAUCUGAAGAUGCGACCUCCAGCAGCGCAAGCAGCAUCGAGGGCGACAUCGUCACCACCUCCUCUGAUGACGAGGGUAAUGAGUACUUCCAGCGCAGGCCGAGAGAACUAAACGAAGACACCGAGGAGAACCUGUAUGACCUUGACCUAUCUAGGUUUGAGGAGGAUGAAUUUACACAGGAGCUCUACAAAAGGUAUGUGGAUAUCGGAGCUGCCGACCAGAGCAAACUGUCUGAAGCCAACGUGCCUCACCUCUUCUCCUCACCCAAAAUUGACCCCCUUGGUGAGUACACCAGCGAUAUAUACAGCGUUGAGGAACCUACAGUGAGUCACACAUCCCUUGAUGUUUACUUUCGCUAUGUGGAGUGUGGGAUGGCUGGGGCCUCAGACCCGGCCCCUGCCAACCGCGACAUCUACCGCAACUACAUUAAGCAGCUCUACAUGUGACAGCCAGUGACUUCCACCCUCCUUGCUACAUAGAUCUUCAAAAGCUACAAUCAAAAUGCUCUUAUUAUUUUUCAUUCAAUGAUUACUAGAUUUGCAGCCACAAGUGGCAUAUACCCCAACCACAUUGAACAUGUCUACAGAGCGGACCCAGUACAGAGUGGACCCUGGAUUUGGCAUUAUAGGGGUUGUAACUUCGGGGAGCAACUUUGGACUUGGUCCCUUCACAAGAACUGAACAAUAUAUGGCCUAAAUGAGGCUUCCUUCCCCGAAAUGUUUUUGCCUUUUUUUAGUCUGAAAUUCCUAGUGCAUUCUAGUGUUCUAUUCAUUUUUUUUUCUAUACUGGCAUAAUAAAGUAGUGAACUUGAACAAUUUAAGGGCAGGUUGGGCCUGGUACACCCCUGCAUUGCUUGUGCUCUUUGUGUGACUAGUAUUGCCACAAUUUACAUUCACCAUAGACAUAUUUAACAGUGCCAACAAUGAUUAAUGUGAAUCUGAAUUACAUCAAACCAUUUUACCUGUACUUACAGUGGCACUUGUGAACCUAUCGGAAAUACAGCUGUAUUUGUGAUUGAAAGUACUACAUGAGGAACUAUGGUACCUUCACAUCUGAAAUACAGCUGUAUUUGUGAUUGAAAGUACCGGUACUACACGAGAAACUAUGGUACCUUCAUGUACAUUAACAUAGUUUGAAACGUUGACAUCGCUAGAGGGUGGGCACUGCCUCUGUGACUUGACUCUACUACCUACAUGUAGACAUGAUUUACUCAGUGAGUGACAUGUUAAUGCAGAAAUCUAAAAUGAUAAUAUUUUUGAAUUCUAUAUUUGAAUGAUGUGGGUUAAUAACACUGUGUUCUAGUUGAAAUCAUGCUUUAAAGAGUGCAAUCCUGAAUGGUUUGGUGCAAUAUUUUUUUUUCCAUUUGGUCCAUGGUAAUACAUUCCAUUGCAAUUUGUAUUUUGUUUUUAUUUUAUUUGUUUGUUAAUUGUUACAAUGUUGAUAAUGACAAUAAAUUUAUCCGAUCAAA